ACUGAUUCUGAUAAGCUAAGUAAUGCCUUCCCUUCAAACGUCCUCAGCCUAGUCUCCGGACUUUGUGAAUACCUUGCUUUAUAUGGUGAAAGAGACGUUAUACACGUGAGAUUAUUUGGGCUGGCUGAUGUAAUUUCAAGAGCUCUUACAGGAGGCUGACAUGAGGAUCCGAGUCAAUAGCAGCUAUGAUAACAGAAGCAAGAGGUUGAAGAGAUUUUUAGGAAGGAUCUACGUGCCGAGGCACAUAAGCGGCCUCUACAAGCUCAGAAAGGCCAAGGAAUGAAUUCCAAAAGUCCGCAGAAAGAAUGCAGUCUUGCCAACACCAUGACUACAGGAUUCUGACCUGUAGAGCUGUAGGAGAAUAAAUCUCUGUUGUUUCAAGCUCAUCAUUUUGCAGUAAUUUGCUACAGCAGCAGCAGCAGAAAACUAACACUUUGAAGGACGAAGCUUAAAUCAGGAUGUCCACCUAAAUGUGCAUUUCAGAUAAGCAGCCAUUUAAAUGCAUACAUUCCAAAUUGUGCUUAAGAUAUGUUUAUACUUAAAAAGAAAUCAUUCUUUACAUGGAAUUUAAACUGAAUUGAGUAUUUGCUGUUCUUUAGGCUACCUUAGAAAUGGUAAACAUGACACCUGAAGUGAAAACUCACGACUUCCAGGGCAACCUCAAACUCCUACUUUACACACAAUCUAGGAUCCAGUAGAAACUAUCGUGUGUCCCCCGCACCCCCAGGCUGAGCAAUCACAUUAUAGGUGAACAAACCGAGCCCCGGGAGGAAUGGAGACCUGCCAAGGCCGCUCAGCUAACGAGACUGAUAUACCCUGGAUGGCAAUUUCCCCCUUAGGAUCAGCCAGGGCGGCUGGCAGCCGCGGCAGAGGAAUUCUGGAACGCCGAUCCUGAGCUGUGAUGCCUUCUGCCGCACUGUCACUUUACCUCUCAUAAAAUAGGAAAAUUGCACAAAUAUGAGGAUGUGAUGAGGUAGGGAAAAACCUGCAUAAACGUGAGGAUUUAAUGAGAUAACUGAUCUGAAACGCCAAGUAUUGGCCCUGCUUUCGGAAAACGGCCGCUUCUCCCCUCCCUUUUCUGCGUCUGUUUCUUCAUCUAUAAGGAGAACUUGACAGAUAGAUGUCUUUCGAACUCCCUCCCUCCCAGCCAGACGGGGUUCCGCAGAGCUCAGAGAACGGCCGCGCGGUGGCGACAGAGCGCCGGCUACCGGGAGAGGUAGCACACAUGCGCACUCCAAGGCGGCGCCCUACCUUCCCACGCCCCAUACGUCACUUCCGGCGUGAAGGGCCGGGCUGGCCGGGCGGGGAGUGCGGGUCGCUUCUGCGCGCGCUGGCAGACUAGGUUCCCGCCGCCGGUUGACCCGCGCUCCACCCCGCAGCCGGGCCGAAUGUAAUCCAGGCUUUAAGGAAGCAGAGAGGCUGAUCUAGAGGCUGGACAUAAAAAGCACAAAGUUUAUGGGAGGCAGCGCGUGCAUUAGGGACUCUGGUAGCUAAUGUCAGAAGAAAGUGACUCUCUGCGAACCAGCCCUUCUGUGGCCUCGCUCUCUGAAAAUGAGCUGCCGCCACCCCCGGAGCCUCCUGGUUAUGUAUGCUCACUGACCGAAGACCUGGUCACCAAAGCCCGGGAAGAGCUGCAGGAGAAGCCAGAGUGGCGACUCCGGGAUGUGCAGGCCCUCCGUGACAUGGUACGGAAGGAGUACCCCAACCUGAGCACGUCCCUCGAUGACGCCUUCCUGCUGCGCUUCCUGCGUGCCCGCAAAUUUGAUUAUGACCGGGCCCUGCAGCUGCUGGUCAAUUACCACAGCUGCAGGAGAAGCUGGCCCGAGGUCUUCAGUAACCUGAGGCCAUCGGCUCUGAAUGAUGUCCUCAGCUCCGGCUUCCUCACCGUGCUGCCCCACACGGACCCCAGGGGCUGCCAUGUCCUCUGCAUCCGCCCAGACAGAUGGAUACCGAGCAACUACCCAAUUACCGAAAACAUCCGAGCCAUAUACUUGACAUUAGAAAAACUCAUUCAGUCCGAAGAAACCCAGGUGAAUGGAAUUGUAAUUCUUGCAGACUACAAAGGCGUGAGCUUAUCGAAAGCAUCUCACUUUGGCCCUUUUAUAGCCAAAAAGGUCAUUGGCAUCCUGCAGGACGGCUUUCCCAUUCGGAUAAAAGCAGUGCAUGUAGUAAACGAACCUCGAAUUUUUAAGGGCAUUUUUGCCAUCAUAAGACCAUUUCUGAAGGAGAAAAUAGCAAACAGGUUCUUUCUCCAUGGAUCUGACCUAAACUCUCUCCACACAAGCCUUCCCAGAAACAUUCUCCCCAAAGAGUACGGGGGCACAGCUGGAGAGCUGGACACCGCCACCUGGCACGCAGUGCUCCUGGCCUCCGAGGAAGACUUUGUGAGAGAGUUCUGCCAACCCGUACCCGCCUGCAACAGCAUCCUGGGCCACGCACAGCUGCCCGAGGGGCUCACCUCCGAUGCACAGUGUGAUGACUCUAUGCGAGCUGUGAAGUCCCAGCUGUAUUCCUGCUAUUAGCCAGCCCCUGGGUGUGUCGCCUCGCUUAAACCCUCUCCUUUGCUUCUUAGAAACUCGUAAGAACUUAAGUGCCAAGGCCUGUCUUGCUUCUUAUAAUGAAAUGGUAGCAUGAAGGAACAGCCUGGAGAGCUGUGAAGGCCAGGCCAUCACGGGAACAGCAAGCCUUUGGCCACUUGUAUUAUUGCUGGGAUAUGUGGAAAAUAUCCCCAGUGUGAUUCGCAAACAUUUGCACACUCUAGUUCUUACUCAUCUUUCUUACUCAGAAGCAAGAAAAGUCAGCACCAAAGUUGCUUUACCUUUCUGGAGAAAACCUGACUGGCCAGUCACCUACUCCUCUGAAACACUUCGGCCAGGCCCAUGAGGUGGCCAAAUAUGAGGCUUGGGGGACCUUUGUCUUUCAUCUGAACCUUAACUGUAUACCUGUUGCUCAUCAGGAAUCUUCAAGGCCGAGGUCUGGCCCCAUUUGCCAUUACUGGGUUUGGGAAGCGCCUUAGCUGAUCCUGGAAGUACCAGGACCCAAGCGGUACUCCCUGACCAAAUCUGGGAGCCAGAGGCUUGAGUAUCCCUGGACUCACUGGUCAAAUCUUUGCAAGAGACUUCUUCCCCCAGACCUAUAAAGCCUUAGCCCUGGUUUUCCAUGGAGUCACACAGGGUUCUAGAAUUAUCUGAUUUUGCUCAACGUAAGUAAAGUCGUGGAUGCUAGGCCUGUAUAGCUAAAGGAGUUCUGGCCUAGGAGUCAGAGACCUGAGCUCCAGAUGUGCGUGGACCAGACAUGGGCCCCUGUGGGCUUCAGCUUUCUUGUCUGUAAAAUGAGGCUGGCAAAAAUUCAAUUUUCUGACUAGAUAGAUGACCACUUCCAUGCAAAUAGUUGGAUACUGGUUUUUUGUGGUAUACACAGGGCUUUCUAUGAACAAGUAUCAUUUGGCCCAGCCUUUAAAGUGCAGCACAAGCAGGUAGGCAUGUUAACAUACACCUUAGCUUUCAGGAGGCUGAGGCAGGAGGAUCACUGUGUUUGAAACCAGCCUGGGCUACAUAGUUCAAGGCCAGCCUGAACUACAUCAUGAAGUCCUGUCCAAAACACCCCAGAAUAAAAAUUGGGGGAAUACAGCUCAGUGCAAAGGCCCUGGGUUCAAUCCCCAGAACCACCACACACACAAAAAAAACGUAUAUUCUGGAACUCAAUGACACUAACUUUUUCCCUGUUCUGGUGAUGGUUAAACUUUAAUAAGAGGACAGCUUUUGCCUGUAAUCUCAGCCACUAAGGAAGCUGAGGCAGAAUAACAAAGUUGAAGCCAGUCUGGAACAGCACAGUGAGAACCUGUCUUUAAUAAAAACACUGCACUGGUCAGGCCUCCAGGUGAACUUGGAUCUUGGAUGAAUUCCUGCCAUCCCGAGUCACUAGUGGCAGACAUACACCUGGCUGUGGUGGUUAGAGUACUUGAGCUGCUUUCAUUCAUCUUUGGAAAUACACGUAGGGGCAGGUUACUGCUGGGUCACCUCUGAGCCCCCAUGUUCCCACACUGCUGGAGUUUCUUCAGCCUGAAUGUUAGUUCUCUACUUCAGCACUUUAGAUCCUCCCAGCCAAGACGUCAGCCUUAACCCAGGCAGCAUACGUACUGGAUGGCUCAUCUGGUGGCUUCCCACCUACUUCCUUUCAUAUUCAUUCUUGUGAUUAUGGAGUACUGCUUGCUGUGCUUCUCCCUUCCUUCUCUGCACAUUUAGGCUGUGCAGUUAGAGAACAGCACUCCGAAGUUCAAAGCUCAAUCUGUGCUACCUAGCUGUUCAUCUUUACAGCAAUUUAAGAGAUAUCUUGGUAAAUUUUUGGUAGAAAUUAAUUUAUGUACCGCAUUAAUGCUAAUUUUAGGGACAGUUCUUUUUAUCUUAGAUACUAACCCUGGAUUCUGUAGGGUCCUGGCUGAGCCAGAAGUGCCAAAAUGCAUACCCCUCACUGCCCUUAGUUCCACCUGACGGCAAUGGACCAGUGCUGCUAACAGGACCUGAGGGGGAGGAUGGCUGAAGCAGACCUGCAGAACCCAGCAGCCUGGAUGGAAGAACCAGUGGGAGGUUUUGGGGGAGAAAGAAAAUACAACAGAACUAGACAAGGAGGGAUCAAGCAUUAAGCCCUACCACGUUCCUGGCCAGUUGCCUUUGUCUGUGUGACUAACAUAGCCAGACUCAUGAAGUGUGUGAGACCAGCCAGGAGCUGGGCACGCUGGCAUACACCUUUAAUUCCAGCUAUUCAGGUGGCUGAGGAGCAUCAAAAGCUAAGGAGACCAGUCUGGGCAGCUUAACAAGGCCGUCUCAAAAAAUACACAAAGGACUGAAGAUGUAGCUCAGUGCUAAGAGUUUCCCUGGGUUCAAUCUUUAGUACAAAGAAAGAACCCAAAAAGGAUGUUGCCCAUCUCCUGGGCCUUUCUGGCUAGACCCAGAAUUUAUUUUAGUUUCUGAGCCAAGUCAGCCAGGGUUGGUCUGCUCCAGGAGCAGCUAUGCUCUGUGUUUGGCUACAGAGAGUGAUCAAAGUCUCGCACCUCAGGAGGUUUGGACCAAGCUGUGAACCAGGAUCUCCCCAGUGCAAACCAAGGCAGGGUGCUUAUGUUGACCUGCGGGGCUGCCAUGAGUGAUGCUUAGUAGUAGGGAGAGCCCUGGAGGAGCCAACAAGUGAACAUUGAAAACUGGGGAGUUUUCCAUCAGGGGAAAGUUGUGUUUCACAAACACACGGAAAUUAACUUCCCCACAUCCACUGUAGUACACUGGGAAGAAAGAGAAAGCAAUACUCGAAUUGAGUGCCAGCUCUGUCCUAGGUGGCCCUGACUGAGCCUCUUCAUAUCCCUCAAUCUAUAGGAAAAAGGGGACCUACACUAUGAACUCUGACCCUUCUGUUCCUGGCAUCUAAUUGAUUUUACUGCCAUAGGAACAUUAUACACAAGAGGUUUCUUUUUUCUACAGGUGAAUUUAGGAAAAUUAGGUCUAAAUAUGUUGGGAACUAAAGGCUCUAAAUCACUCUGUGAGCUUAGGUACAUAGGGAUUUUCUUCCUCCUCUAUUCCCUAUCCCCCUACCCAGAAUUCUGGAAAAAUGUGCCUCUUCCUAGAGACUUUCUUUUCUGUCUUCAUGAGGAAAGGCAAAUGAAGUCUACCCAACAGCCAGAAGUGCAACCCUGGCUUUGCACCUUGACUUUCCUGGUUUUGGCCGAGGUGGCCUGGCAUUGCUCCUACUUCAUCCUGCUUUCUGGAGGAAGGAACUCAGGCGUGUAAGCACUGGAGAUUACCAGAUAACAGCUCUUCCAAAAAGAGCAGGGUUGACAGGAAGCACUUCCCUUGAAUUCUUGUGAGCCAUUAGCCUUGAGUGGGCAGUUCCUGUAAAUGUCAUCUCACCCUCAGAUCAGUCAUGGAAUUACUUUUCCAUUUGAGCAGCAAAAGCUAUCUUGUUGUGGCAUUAUUACCUCAUUUAAAAGUUGUCCGCUUUUCAGGUUUUCCUUUGAAAUCUUUGUUUGGAGAGUAAGACAUUAGCUAGGCUAAUGUAAGUGUGGCUGUCCCAGGGCCAUAAGAGGCAGGGAGACUCCAGACAGGGGACUGCUUGGGCACUGACACCAGUCCUGGUAACAGCUCUCAGUGCUGGGAACUGUCAGCUUUGUAAAUCUGAGCUCCUUUCUGCUGUCCUGACUCAGAAUAAAUGGUGUGUUGGAAAUGACAGAACAGGAGCUUGCUUUAUGAGAAUGUCCAGUGUGACUGACAGAGAUGACAGCAACACACUGGUUUUCAAAACCUCACCAGGCAACACGUUUAGUCAGGCAGUGCGCCAGCUGCUUGUGCGGGCUCCUAUGGACGUGCCUCCACUGCCUGGCCACCAGGUGGGAGCAUGGAUGAGUGAAAUACUUGAAACUUCUCUGUGGCCACAAGCCUCCAGCACCACCCUGAUGGAGUGGGAGCUGGGCUACUUCCCUGCGUAGUCUGGGGCACCAUUUCGGCCACUGGUCACAUUCCUUGCUUCAAACUGAAAUUCAGUUUGACUUUUGAGUAUAGGGACAUGGUGGCGGGUUCAUCUACUUCAGUAUUUGUUUUGACCAAAUGUUUAUUUUUCUAGUGCAUUUUUCUAAGUCAAAGUGGUGAAAAUAUGUAACUUCAGUAUGCAUGACUCAGUCUUAAUAAAACUUCCUUUAAGGUUGA